CAGAAAAACUUAUCCGCUAUCGCGAAUAAACUCAAUUUUCAGCCUGGUGUGACAAACCCUACUCUCAGCCUGACUAUAUAGUAGCUUCGUCCAUAUCGGCCAGACUCAUGAAGAUCAACCGCCGUCAUUUCGUCGGUAUCCUCUACGACUGCAUCCUCUUCGAAUAUGCCUCCCUCGUCAGCAUCGAUAGGACUUACACGCUCUCGCUCGAUGAUCUGGCCGACACCUUCGCCUUCGUCGCCGACUUUUACAAACACAACCGACCCCGAAUGGAUGUCCCCUGCGAUCAAUUCAUCCUCCGGAACCAGCUCCACACCGUUGCAGGACUACUUGACUAUAUCGAGGAGAUGGACCAUGGUGCAUUUGAAAUAUUUCCUGGAAAUGUCGAACUCAGAGAAGAGACUCCCUCGUUCGCAUCGACAUCCUCAACAACCAAACGAGAUCAACGGCGUCAAGAGCGAUUUGGAGGCAGCAAGGGAAGGAUUGAGCGGGAUCCGUUCAGCCAUGCUGCGCGUGGAUGGACCACAGAUCUGUACAGUCAUCGUGGCCAUGACCUUCUCCUACAUGAUACGGAUACGGACCUGGAUGAUGAGUACUCAAUCAGGAUACCCGGGCUUUCUAAAACGGACAUCCAGACGUUUUUAUGGGAGUACGCCUAUAUGCCAGAGGACUAUCAGGACGAUAUCGCGACCCUGAUCCGGUAUCUAAGACGGGACGAGUGGGUGAUGAAUGGAUCGAAGGGCUCGAUUGUCACGUUCGACUGGGAUAUGGAGGGAGUCCAGAAAUAUUCAAAGGAAUACAACCAGAACAAGAUCCGAAAAGUCGAAUUGAGGGGACAGGAGGAGGCCAAGAGGAAGCAGGAAGCAGCACUGAAGCAGCAAGAGGAAUGGAAUCGACAGCAGGAACUUAUACGAGAAAAGGAGGCUGCGCAGAGGAUGAAGAUCUUGGAUCACUUUAUCUGGAGAAUGCAUGAGUCGAUGACCAUCCCGACGAUAACAGCGACCGAGAUCGACAACAUGUUGAAAUUAGAUGCCCGGGAUAGUUAUAUAACAGCAACUUUGUUCUUUGCACUUUAGUUCUUUUGCAUCUGGAUCAUAUACCCACCUCAGCGAUCUGGACCUCACAUUGACAGGGAAUAUCAAAACCAUCACCAUCCUAACGCUCGCUGAUGCUCUACAGCAUUUCAACUAUGAAG